CAAUAUUCUAAUGAAUUUACUAUUAGUAAUAUUUAACUUUUGUUGUCAGUAGCUUUACUUUUUCCAUAUCCAUAAGCAAAAACAAAAACUUUUUACCUUUUCAUCCAUAUCCCAAACCAAAAUCUCUUACUCUUUUUUUCUUUUUACUGAUCAUAUCAUGUAAGCUUUUCCUUCCUUCGGUAUUAAGUCUUCCCCCCUCCUUCUCUAGUCUCCAUGAUCAAAACCCUUCUUUUUGUUCCCCUAUUGCAGAUGAAGUUUGAAUCGUACCAAAAAAAAGUUAAAUCGUACAUUUGCAUCUAUCAGAUUAAAGUUAAAGAUUAAAGGGUAACUGGGGUGGUCCUCUUUUUAACCCCUUUGGUGUGGAGAGAUAAAAAGUUUGAUUUUUUUUUUUUCUUAAGAAGGGGAAACUGAAUAGCUGAUCAUCAUCAUUCUGGAAAUGGCUUCUUGUGUAAAUGGUUUAACUAAGACGGUGUUUUCAUGGAGUGUUCAAGACAUAUUUAAUGAAGAGCUUUACAAACAUCAGGUGGAAAAGAUUCCUGAGUGCUUUGAAUCGAAGAAAGAGUAUCUGAGCUCUUUUACUCUUCCUUUGAUAGAAGAAACUCGUGCGGAAUUAUGUUCAACAAUGGAGGGUAUCACUUUCGCACCAUGGGCUGAGGUGAUCUUAGUAGAGAAAGCUAAGCCGGUUGGGUCUUCAUUACAAAAACUUACUGUAGAUUUUUGGAGAAAUAGAGAAAAUGAGAGAAAAAAAGAACGUUAUUGUCCCAAACCAGGUGACCUGUUUGUUUUAUCUAAUGUAGUUCCUGAGCUUGCAUCUGAUUUAAAUCGUAUUGGAGUCACAUGGUCUUUUGCUAUGGUUACUAAUGUUGAUGAGGGUACUAAAAAAUACGGGAAGAAUGAAUCUAAAGAAGACGAGGAUGAAUCUGAAAAAGGGGUGGAGAAUGAGUUCAUUCCUGAUGACUGGCCUAGUACAAGUUUUAAGGUUCAACCUUCAAAAGCAAUUGGGAUUGAUCAUGAGGGCAUGCAUAAUUCACUUUUUGCAGUAUUUCUUACCAACAUGACAACCAACACCAGGAUAUGGAAUGCAUUGGGCAUGUCUGGAAACAUGAGUAUCAUCAACCAAAUUCUGUGUACCAAUUCAGUGGUUGAGGAAUUCUGCGAUGUCUGCUCCACACAAGUUGAUAGCAAUUGGACUAAUGAUGUAGUUGCACAAUUAUCAUCAACCCUUAAUGAGUCCCAAACAUCAGCAGUAGUGACUUCCAUAUCUGCAGCUCAGUGUCAUCAUAAGUCAUCGGUUAAGCUUGUUUGGGGUCCCCCAGGGACUGGGAAAACUAAGACCGUUAGUAUAUUGCUAAGCAUUCUCUUAAAAAGAAACCAUAGAACAGUUUUAUGCGCUCCAACAAAUGUCGCAGUUAAAGAAGUUGCCUUGCGCGUCUUUAAGCUUGUUAAAGAGGCUUAUGAGAAGGACUUGGGAGAGGAUGAUCAGUUAUCUUCCUUCGGAGAUAUACUAUUAUUUGGAAAUAAGGAAAGAUUGGGAGUACGUGAUGAUCUUGAGGAGAUUUGGUUAGAUUAUCGAGUUGAUAGGCUUGUAGAGUUUUUUGGUCCGAUUGGUUGGAAGCUUACCUUCAGAUCAAUGAUUGACAUUCUUACGAAUUGUGGUUCACAGUAUCAAGUAUUUUUGGAGAAUGAAAAAACCAAAAAGGGUGAAGGUGAAGAGGGGAAUGAAACACCCAUUUCCUUUCUUGAGUAUACUAGAAACCGAUACAAAGCUGUAGGCUUACCCCUGAAAACCUACAUGAAUACUUUAUACACCCAUUUCCCAAAAAGUCUAAUUUCUCAGCAUAUUGUCAAGGUGAAUUCCCUUCUUGAUUCGCUCGAAUCUUUUGAAAGAUUGCUGUUACAUGAUGAUGUAACGGACAAAGAACUAGAAGAGAUAUUCGAGGAGGGAGAAUUAGUUUGUACUGAUGUACAUGUGAAUGAACCGUGUCAUAGUGCUACCACAGCAACUCUAUCCAGGAUGAGAAGUGAGUGUCUUGAGCAUCUGAGCACCCUUCAUGAUUCUCUAGAUCUUGACGCAUGCCUUUCAAAGUUUCAGUACAGGAGUUUGGAGUCAUUGAAAUGGGAUGUACGGGAGUUCUGUUUCCAGAAUGCUUCCCUCUUUUUUUGCACAGCUUCUAGCUCAUAUAAUCUGUUUAAGUUGGAGAUUGAUCCACUGAACUUAUUAGUUAUUGACGAAGCUGCUCAGUUAAAAGAGUGUGAGUCACUAAUACCCUUACAGCUUCAAGGUAUAAGACAUGCUAUUUUGAUCGGGGAUGAGUGUCAGUUACCAGCGAUGGUCAAUAGCAAGGUCUCUGAUGAAGCUGGGUUUGGCAGAAGUCUGUUCGAGAGGUUGAGUUCAUUGGGACACUCAAAGAACCUGCUUAAUAUGCAAUACCGGAUGCAUCCCCAAAUAAGCUUGUUCCCGAAUGCAAACUUUUAUCAACAUCAGAUUUCUGAUGCACCAAAUGUUUUAUGUAAAAGUUACGAAAGACGGUUCCUUCCUGGAGCUAUGUUUGGGCCAUACUCUUUCAUAAGUAUUUCUGACGGAAGAGAGGAGGUAGAUGACAUCGUUCAUAGUAGAAGAAAUAUUGUGGAAGUUGCAGUUGUGAUGAAAAUAGUGCGCAUGCUUCAUAAAGCAUGGCAGGACUCAAAACAAAAUCUAAGCAUUGGUAUAAUAUCCCCAUACAUUGCUCAAGUUGCUGCAAUACAGGAAAAGGUUGGAAAGAAGUAUGAUAAGCAUGAUGGAUUUUCUUUGAGAGUGAAGACCGUGGAUGGUUUCCAAGGUGGUGAAGAAGAUAUCAUCAUAAUAUCUACAGUCAGAUCGAAUAAAGGUGGAUCAAUUGGGUUUCUUUCUAAUUUUCAGCGAACCAAUGUUGCUUUAACAAGGGCGAGGCACUGCUUGUGGAUUUUAGGUGACGAACGAACUUUAUUGAAUAGUGAAACUUGCUGGUCCGCUUUAGUUAAUGAUUCAAAAGUUCGGCGUUGUUUCUUUCGUGCUUGUGAAGAUAAGGAGAUUGCUAAAGCCAUAUUAGAGGCGAAGAAUGAGCUGUCCCAAUUAGAUGAUUUACUUAGUGGAGAUAGUUUACUUUUCAAAAGUGCUAGAUGGAAGGUUCUAUUUAGCGAUAACUUCAAGAAGUCAUUUGGGAACAUCAAAUCAUCACAAACACAAAAGUUAGUUAUCAAUUUAUUGCUUAAGCUUUCCAAUGGUUGGCGCCCAAGGAAGCUUAAGUCAGACACUUAUUGUGGAAGUCCAUUGCAGCUUCUGAAACAAUAUAAGGUCGGGGGGUUGUAUAUUUUAUCCAGUGUUGAUAUCGCGAAAGAUUCAAGCUACACGCAGGUUCUAAAGAUAUGGGAUAUUUUACCUCUUGAGGAGAUUCCUAAACUAGUUAACCGUCUGGAUAAUAUCUUUUCAUUGUACACUGAUGACUACCUCAGCCGGUGUAAGCUGAAGCACAUAGAGGGAGAUUUGGAGGUCCCAAUGAUAUGGAAGGCAAGUGAUGAGAUAGUUCAGUUCAAGAAAAACGCCGAGUCAGCUACAGGUUCAGCCACCGGGAUAACAGAUGGAAGAAGUUAUGUUGAGAACUCGAAAGUGAGAGACAGCUUGUUAUUAAUGAAAUUUUACUCUUUGUCAUCUGGUGUGGUGAAUCAUUUACUCUCUGGAAAUGAUGGUGGAGAACUUGAGCUUCCUUUCGAAGUAACAGACCAAGAAUUGGAGAUUAUACGUUUCCCUAGAAGUACAUUUAUUCUUGGACGGUCGGGUACUGGUAAAACAACUGUUCUAACAAUGAAAUUGUUUCAAAAGGAGCAGCAACACCAUCUAGCUUCAACUGGAUUCUCUGAGGUUAAGGGUGAUGUUUCUAUGCAUACUGCCAGCAAAAUUGUUAAAAGAGGAAAUAUCGACGAGAAUAAAGGAACUUUCUUACGCCAGAUAUUCGUAACUGUCAGUCCUAAACUAUGCUCAGCUGUAAAGAACCAAAUAUCUAACUUGAAAAGUUUUAUAUGUGCUGGAACUUCUUCCCCUGUGCAUAGUUUAAUAGAUAUGCAUGAUACGAAUGAUGCUGUUGAAUUCAGGGAUAUUCCUGAUUGUUUUGCUGACAUUCUACCUGAAAAGUAUCCCCUGGUCAUAACAUUUCAGAAAUUCUUAAUGAUGCUUGAUGGAAGUAUGGACAAUUCUUAUUUUGAUAGAUUCACUGCAGGUGAAUCUUCAAGUGGUAUUACUGUAAAAUCUAGUCCAUUUGCGUUGCAUGCACUCAUAAGAUCAAAGGAGGUUAAUUUUGAUCGUUUCAACUCAUUUUACUGGCCUCAUUUCAAUUCUGCGAUGACCAAGAAGCUCGAUUCUUCUACGGUUUUUACUGAGAUCAUCUCACACAUAAAGGGUGGGUUGAUUGGUGGUAAGGUACCUGAUGGAAAACUUAGCAAGGAAGAUUACAAGUCACUAUCUCUUGGUCGGGUUUCAAUCCUGAGCAUGGAAACAAGAGAGAUGAUUUAUGAUAUCUUUAUUGAUUAUGAAAAGAAGAAGGUGCUAAAUGGUGAGUUUGAUUUGUCUGAUCUCGUCAUUGAUCUUCAUUCUCGGUUGAAAAGUGGGAACUAUAGGGGUGAUGAUAUGGACUUUGUGUAUAUUGAUGAGGUUCAGGAUUUGACUAUGAGACAAAUUGGACUUUUCAAGUACAUUUGCAGAAACUUUGUGGAGGGAUUUGUUUUUUCUGGUGACACUGCACAGACUAUUGCCAGGGGGAUCGACUUCAGAUUUCAAGAUAUCAGAUCUUUGUUCUUCAAUGAGUUUCUUCAUGAUUCACAUAGUAAUGGCAAAGGAAAUGUAAAAGACAAGGAUCAAUCUCGUAUAUCAGAGAUAUUCCAACUGAACCAAAAUUUCCGUACUCAUGCAGGUGUUCUCCAUUUGUCACAGAGUGUGAUUGAGCUUCUUUACCAUUUCUUUCCACAUUCAAUUGAUAUUUUAAGCCCCGAGACUAGCCUUAUUUAUGGAGAACAACCAGUUUUGCUUGAAUCGGUGAAGGAUGAGAAUGCUAUUAUUACGAUUUUUGGCAACAGCUGUGGUGGAAAUACUGGAGAGAAAAUGGUAGGAUUUGGUGCAGAACAGGUUAUCUUGGUGCGCGAUGAAUUUGCUAGGAAGGAAAUUUUGGAACAGAUCGGAAAGCAAGCUCUUGUGCUGACAAUAGUUGAGUGCAAAGGUCUUGAAUUUCAGGACGUGUUGCUGUAUAACUUUUUUGGAACCUCACCUUUGAAGAAUCAAUGGAGAGUUGUUUACGGAUACAUGAAGCAACAAAACCUUUUCAGCUCUGUUGAACAGAAAUUUCCAAGUUUUAGCAAGGCAAAACAUAAAUUACUCUGCUCAGAACUGAAGCAAUUGUAUGUCGCUAUAACUCGAACUAGGCAAAGAUUGUGGAUUUGUGAGAACAUAGAUGAGUUCUCUAAGCCCAUGUAUGAGUACUGGAAGGAGCAGAAUCUUGUUCAGGUUAGAGAGCUUGACGAAUCACUUGCGCAGGCAAUGAUGGUUGCUAGUAGCAAGGAAGAGUGGCUUUCUCGUGGUAUCAAGUUAUUCAAUGAACGUAACUAUGAGAUGGCGACAAUGUGUUUUGAGAGAGCUGGGGACUUAAAACGGGAGAAAUGGGCGAAGGCUUCUGGCCUUAGAGCUGCUGCUGAUCGUUUGCAGGGUUCUAACUUUGAACUUGCUCGUGUUGCUCUUAUGGAGGCUGCUGAAAUUUAUGAAUCAAUUAGCAAAAAUGAGUUAGCAGCCGAAUGUUUUAUCGAGUUGAAGGAGUUUAAAAGGGCUGGUGCACUGUACCGGGAUAAAUGUGAUGAAUCUUACCUUGAAGUCGCCGGUGACUGUUUUCAUCAAGCUGAAUGUUGGAGUACUGCAGCUGAAGUGUAUUGUAAGGUCAAUUGCUUAACGAAAUGCUUAGUUGUGUGCACAACUGGUAAUCUCUUCGACAAGGGUCUGGAUUACAUUAGAAACUGGAAAGAAAAUGCUCAAUUAGAUGCUGAUACUGUUAAAAGUCGAGAACUGAAAACAAUGGAACAAAGUUUUCUCGAGAGAUGUGCUCUUCAUUAUCAUCAACUGAAUGAUACGAACAGUAUGGUGAAGUUUGUUCGAGCCUUUUCUUCAAUGGAGGAAAAACGGGCGUUCUUGGGAUCUCGUAAUUAUCUUAGUGAACUUAUUGUGUUAGAGGCUGAAUCUGGUAAUUUUACUGAGGCUGCCAGUGUCGCAAGGUUGAAAGGAGAUCUUCUUCUCGAGGCUGAUAUGUUAGAAAAGGCUGGGACCUUUGAAGAAGCAUGUGGGUUAAUUCUAAUGCAUGUUCUUGGUUGCUCGCUUUGGUCAAAUGAAAGUAAAGGUUGGCCCUUAGAUAAAUUUAUGAACAAAGAAGAACUUUUACUCACAGCAAAAUUGAUUGCCAAAAACAAAGGUGAUCUCUUUCACGAAUUUGUCUGUGUGGAGACAAGCUUACUGUCAGACACCACCAGUAGCCUAUCAGUGCUGGGAGAUUGUUUAGGUGCUUCACAAAGACUCAAGAACCGCCGAGCAGAAAUCAUCUCUUGUUGGAAAAUUCUUGAUUUACAUUUACAAGUUUCAGCUCAGAAAUAUUUUUGGAAUGACGAAGUGGUAUUGAAUCCAUCAAGGCAUGCAGAAGAGUCAAUUUCCCAGAACAGGGUCUCCAUGGAUACAUUAAUUCACUAUUGGAAUCAGUGGAAAGAGAUGAUUGCCGAAGUGUUGAAGUACUUCAGUUCUCUUGGAACACAGCAUGAAGAAAACUAUAUGGAAUUUGAGGCAUUCUGUUUGGGUUACUUGGGUGUGCGCAAACAGGAACGCGCAAAUGGUUGGUGCUAUGUUUUGGUAAAUGAUACUGCUUAUUGGACGAGAGAAAUCAAUGAUAGAUUUUUUCAUAGGAAUGGUAAUUUGGUCUAUUUGGAUGUUCAACAAUUCGUAAAAGCUGCUCGUUGCUAUUGGGUUUCUGAAAUACUUGCUGUUUGUAUGAAAGUACUGGAGAAGCUUGAUGCCCUCCAGGAGAAUCCGUUUUCAAUAUUUCACCAUGGGGCAACUGUUCUUCGCAUUUUUGAAGUCACCAAGUGGAUAAUGGAAUUCAAGGAAUUGGACAAGAAACUUCCUAAUUCACUUCAGAAGGGCUUAUUGUCUUCGAAGUGGCAGUUCUCUCGGAUUUUGUGUCCCAUGGACUUGAAACUGAUAAUGAUGGAAAAUAUGAUUGCUUUGAGACAAACAGAUCUCUCUAAGGAUCUAAUCAAAGAAUUAAUUGCUGAAAAUCUGACGUCAAGUCCUUAUUUGUCGCAUGGGCAAAUUGGGCGGGUGGUGAUGCUGCUAUUCACGUCUGGGAAUCUAACAGAUGAACUGUAUCUACAGAUAUUAGAUCGGUUUGAUGUGAACCCAAAAUGGGAAAAAUGGGGAAUGUUCAUUCAUCAGCUUAAAGAGAGCAUUGAUUCAGCAUUUCUUCCCGUGGCGUUAGUCUGGAAGUUUCUGGAUGCAUUACGAGACACAUAUUAUAAUGCCAACUGGAAGAAAGAGGUUGAUUAUAUUUCACCAACCUGCUUUGUGUAUCUUCUUGAGCGCCUUGUCUUUUUGGCGAGCUCUUGCCAAGGGUCCUUUAUCACAACAAAGUUUUCUCUUGUCGAAUCACUUUCCAUCGACAACUGGAAAAACAUUUCAAAACCAGAGUACAUUGUAUCUUCCGAACUUCUCAUUGAUGUUGUAGCUGGCCUUUUAACAAGUAAAGUGGAGACUUUGGAAUGGUUUGGGAGAACUGAUGCUGCAUCCAAGAAGGAUUACCCUUUUCUGGUCUUAAGAUUGGUAAUAUUGAUCUGUCUAAUUUGUAUCAAUGGAAACACGGGAAAGCCAAUUCAAUUUCUAUUGGCUAGAAGAGAUUUAAUUUCCCAACUUCCAGCUGCAUUUCAAGAGAUAUUUACCAGUAGGAAAGGGAUGAAUACUAAAAUACUUGCACGCGCACUUGAAACAAUUGAGAAUCCCCUGGUGACAGUACGUCUUAGAAAUAGUCGAUCCAAGUAUUCCUGGCCUGAUGGUAUCCUUGUGGACUUGAAUAUGAUUCACUGUAGGGAAGAUGUGUUGUUUUUAUUAUUCCCGAAGAAUCCUGAUUGUGCCCCAAAGGAUGAAAUAGAGGCUAACUGCUUAAGCAAGGCAUGCAGUUCUUUGGCGAUUGUUGGCCAAGAUAGCAACGCUGAAUGUACUCCGGGUUCUGAAGUCGAAAUGCUCGACUUGCAAAGGAGUUAUAAGAAGUUUUGGCAUACAUUUGAUGUCUCUAAGUAUCAGAAAGAAAUCAAUGCUUACAUUGAAGAAACUAGCUCCGAGUCUGACAAACAGCAGUGGAAGGUGGAGUUACCUGAAUGCAUCCACAUUCUUGAAGCUGCAAUAGCAACACUGAAGCGGAAAACUCCUCGUGAUGAUGAAGCUCAGCGUCUCUCUAACGAAAUUGAAGUCAUGCUCGAGGAUGUAAACAACCUGCUCCUUGCUACUCAAACGUCCCAGAGGGAUGAGGAAAUUGGCCACACUAUUUCAACGGUUACCGACUUCUUUGGUAAGAUGCAGGCGUGGGAGCAGAAACUGAAACCAUUCUUGGAUUCGUUGUUUUUGAUGCCUAAUGAUACAAAUAUUCCUGCCGAAACUGCAAAAACCAGUGUUGCAUCAGAAGGGGUAAACAACAAGAAGACUAACAAGGGCAAGGGGAAAACAAAAUCCAAGAGUAAGAAGAGCGGCAAAGGCAAGGGGAAGAAGUAACUUUGCUUGGUGAUAAUUUCCUGUUAUUUAGAUUAGUGGGACAUAGUUCGGUGUACAGUACUUUUAAUUGCAAUUUCAUCGAUCAUUUCUGAAGUGACUUUGCCCAUUCGUAACAAUUUUUUUUGGCUCUA